CCUCCAUCAAGCUAAAAAGGGGAAUUGUCUUCACAUCAAACGCAUUUUUGGCGGGGUGGAAAGCGCCGAGGAUUUCCAUCCCGACAUUGAAUUAGGGUUUCUAUCGCGUUCAAUCUUUUUGUUUUGCCCCACAUUCGGGAAUGGAGCAUCCUCGCAGGUGCAACGAAGGGUUCGAUGAGAAUGCACUGGCCAUGCUUGAUUCAUCGGGAGUUAAGGAAGCUUGCGAUGUUGACGACGACAGGAAUUCUUUCUUGGAAGCUGUUCGCAGUGCUUAUCUUGUUCCCGAUUCCCCUCCAACUCCUUCAUGGAAAAUUUUCAAUGCAACCUUCCAAAUCUUGAGAGAAAGUAAGUCUCUGGAGCUUGCCGUGGCUAGUUACCUUCUUUUGAUGGAACUGGACAAGAGAUACCCUAGAGUGUCAACUGGUGGUGUUGGUGAGCUUGUUGUUGAUAAAGAGGCAUGGUCACCUUUUAUUAUUGGUUUGGAAGUUAUUCAUGAUGUGGCGGAACAUGCUUUGGCAAAUUCCGAAUUAUUGAUUGACUCCUCGAGAUUCUCCUGCCUAGUAGUGGAUAUUUCUCAAGCACUCAAUAAAUCAAAUUCUGUACUCUUAGUUAAGGAUGUUGAGGACAUGCUUGUAUUCCAGUAUCUCAUUAGUGUUAUUGAAGCUGAUUUCUUACCCCGUCAAACUUUAUAUAAAGAAACCUUGGACUGGAACCAUCCUAGAGAAUCUAUUAUAAACAUACUUCUUACAUCUCGGAAGCUAAACUUCAAAAAUAUAGUAAAAGAUUGCAUGUUGAUUGCAGACAAACUAUCUCAUCAUCAGCAAAAGCACUGUCCGGAUGAUAUAAAAAAUGCUAAUAAUUUUGCUAAAACUUCAUCUGAUGGUGAUCUUGCUCUAGUGAUAGCAGCAGACCAAAUUGGGAAAGGAACAUGCUUGUCCAUGCAAAAACUUUUGACGCUGAUACUGGAACUUGAUGUUAUGAAAAAAGAGGCAGAUCUACAGGGCUGUACUUCUAGAGUUGAUGGAAGAAGGACACCACUUUUGGAGAUGGUUCUGGACGAACUAACAUACAAUAAAGAUCAGAUAUCCACAUUUCUUGAGGUGUUCAAGGAACCUAGAUGGAAGUUGGAGAUAGUAUUGCAGUACUUUUCUAAGUAUUGCACGAAGUCAUCUGUUAGAACUCGGAGGUCAAGUGAAUCUUCAGAUGAUACAACAUUUGAAUAUCUAUUGAGUUCCUUCUCAGCUACUUCAAGUGCAAAAGCAAUUAUAAAAAAGAUUACCCUUGAAGUGGCUCGGUUGCUUGUGGCACAUGCUUUUCAGGCUUAUCUUUCUCUUCAACAGCAGCCAAAACAUGCUACUACUUUUACUGGAAGGAUUGGAGCAAGCUCUCUUUCUCAGAUAUGCAAUGCUAUGAUUGUUACUUUCCAAAACUUCAGAAAAAUUGAUGAGAGCAUGGAGAUCACCUCUUUUGAGAAGGAAGCUCUUUUCACCGCUGCAGUUUUAUCAGAAAAAGAACCUUAAUUACUGUACUUUAUCUUGUGAUAACCAUCUCAUAUCUUUUUCAAUUUUUGGUCUUUUGUAUGAAAUUCUGAAACUAAAGAAAUGUAUAGAGCUCUCAGAAAUCAGUCAGUAAUAAUUGUGGAUGGUUUUUUGGCUGGUGGUUGUCAA